AUGGAUCACACCGCUCAACCCCUUACCAUUGCGCUGCUACAUGCAUUUCCACUUCCUCGAACCCUUGAGGUUCUUCCUCCACAUGUGCUCCAAGACUUUUCUCGACAAUACGACUUGGUGAAAGGCUAUAUUAAACAGCUAGAUGCCUAUACUCAAACGGAAACCAAUCUCCGUAACAUUAUCCACGAGCAGAUUUCCACCAUAAAUAAGAUCAUAGUUUUGUUGGAUGCAUAUGAGAAGAACUCGAGUGCCAUUGCAAGUGCAAUCAGCAAGAUGAACGAGUUAUACAAGGAGUUCUUGAAUUACGAGACAUAUCAGUACCAGCUAUUAAGUUCGAACUUCAACCAGAAUUUUUUGAAGUUGAAAUUCUCCAAGUUAACUAGUGCAAGCGACGAGGAGUCUAUGAAUGCGGUGAAAGAAUAUCGGAACUCGGGCGAACUGCUACUGAACUUUCUUCAGGAUUUUAGGCAGAAAAGGAAACUGUACCAUCUUUUAAAGGAGAAGUUGAACCGGUGGGAUGAAGAGCGCAUAAGUGGGCUCAUUUAG